AUGAAGGCUCGAUACAACUUGCUGGAUGGAGGAUCUUCUAACAAAAAGCCAUACGACAAAAUGAUUGUUCUCGCAACAAUAUGCUUCACAAUCGCCCUCGUUUGCAUUUUUACUCAAGAUACUCAGAAGUCGGAUGACGUUGAGAAUAAGGGAAAACUAACCGAAGAAGUAGCAAAGACCGAGCAAGACUAUUCGUAUAUUUUUGAAGCUUUCCGUGACUGCGUCCGGCCGAAAAUUGAGCAUUUAAGAGGAAAUUAUGACCAGUUCUGGCAUUCGUUCGCCAAUUUGACAAAGGAAUGUGAUAAUCUACCAGCAUAUGAAGCAUUCGAUAUACGUUCGGCCCAGAACACAGAUGAAGUUAAAUAUGUAGCUUAUCCCAAGAAGAUGGAGCCGUUGACGAUGGUUACUCUCGGAAUUGGUCACGAUGUGAGUGCAGAAUUGAAACUGAAAGAGCUGUACCCAAAUACUGAUUUCUUUGGUGCUGAUCCAUCUUCCGAUAUCAAUAAAGAUUUAUAUGAGAAUAAGCUAGGUGGGAAGUACUACGAGUAUGCAAUCAGUGGCGAACGUGGAAUGCAGAAGUCGAGAGUUUAUGAAAAAAAUGGGUACAGAGAAGAAAUCACAAAGCAUAUUGGAGCAGAUUUCUUUUUCAAAGACGUUCUACAAAAAAACAAAAUUGAUAUUUUGUGGAUGGAUAUUGAAGGAAACGAAUAUCCGAUCAUGGAUCAACUUCAUCAAAAUGGAGUUCUAGACAACGAAGGCGUCAAAAUCUGCCAAAUGAACGUGGAAAUGCACAAAGACACAUUCAAACAAUCAGUUGGAGAAACCAGAAAGUUCCAUGAUUUCGUUUGGAAAAUACUGGAUGAUAAGAAGUAUAUCAUGAUGAAACCAUUUUAUGUCAUUUACAGAUCCCGUCGUUUCAUUAGAACAUUUAUUGUUAAUGUUGCUGAUAAGGAAUGCACUGAUUUGUAUCUCAGCUGA